UCACUUUUGUUUGUUUACAAAUGCUCACGUGCAAACUCUUGUCGGCGUCAUAGAUCUGUUUAAAAAUACACUUUGUAAAUAGAUUCCUUUUGACGAUUUGCGGGGCAUUAGGUGGCCAACGACUAAUAUUAUUAUGAUAAGUAUAAGAAGUUGGCGCAAGUCCAGGGGCAGAGAGCCGAUUACUAACGGUCGCCUGUAGUGUCCGGUCACCAGCUUGGGUAGAAGCGCGGAAGUUUUAUUUUGCAUCUAAUAUUUCUAAAAUUAUUAGGAAUAUGUACGAAGUUAGUUCUGAAAUUUACAAGGAAACGGAUUUCCAAUCGAAAAAGUGCGAAAAUGGACGUGUAUUAUCAACAUUCGGCUUUAUAUACCCUCCAAGCAAGGACGAUAGUAGCAUGAAAAUUGAUGAUGAUGGUGACCUGAUAGUAACACGUAAAACAAGAGCAGUUAUCGAAAUAGAACAUUCCAGUUCAACAGUUUUACAACUGGUCGGCUUACAAGUGUGGCGCGGGGCGCUUCUUCUAGCCGAUUACCUAUUUCAUAUUCGCCAUGAGUUGCAAGAUAAGCAAAUAUUAGAGCUUGGUGCUGGAGUUGGUCUUACUAGUAUAGCUGCCGCAAUUUACGCGAAGAAAGUUAUUUGUACAGACGUUGAUAUUGGCGGAAUAUUGGAAUUAAUCCGGGCGAAUGUCAAACGCAAUGGACAGAUCCUCAAGGGUGAUUUGAAUGUUAUGGAACUAGACUUUAAAAAACCGUUUUCUAGUAAAUUAACAAAGGCAAUUACGGAAACUGACAUUGUAAUUGCUGCAGAUGUGAUAUAUGAUGACGAUUUAACCGAUUGUCUGAUAAAUGUCCUUGGCACAAUCCUCGAAAAAAAUCCUAAAGUUACGAUUUACAUGGCCUUGGAGCAGCGAUAUGUUUUCACAUUAGCCGACUUGGACUCGGUGGCGCCCUGUUACGAGUACUUCAAAAGAAAAGCAACAGAUAAACAUUGGAUUAUUCGGGACAUGUGUAUUGAUUUUCCACAAUAUUUUGAAUAUGAACGAUGUAAAGAGUUAUUACUCUUGAAAAUAACAAAUUAAGACAUUUUGGUAAAAGAAUGAAUUCAAAAGUAAA